ACAAUCUUGCAUUCAGUUUCCUCUGGAACUGAUUAGAGCACGGCGGCCAGAGAAAGUCCAAAAUUUUCUAUCACUUGUCCGGUUAAGUUAGCAAUGAUUCUUAAUUUAUUAUGGAUUCUCUAUCGAGCAGGUGUUCGAAAUAAGUACUCCUUGGCAAUACCAUAUAUCAACGUUUGAUGACCACCCAAAAACUCUCUCUCGCCGCCUUUCCGAUGCUUCAUCGCGAGACAUAUCUACUAUUUAGUGGAAAUGUUUGCUAAUCGACGUGGUGCGGUGUGCCACUCCAAACAAUUCCGCUGUGAUUGGAAUUGGAAUUAAGAACGGCGAACGGAAUGCGCAAAUCUCAUAGGCCACCGAUUUGCGGAUUGUGAUUGAAAUCCUCAAUUCGAAGCAGGAAAAAAUACAGCCAGUCAGCAGCCUAAAUAAGGGAAAGCAAAACUGAAAAUGUGUCGUAAAGAAAGUGCACGCCCGAUUCAUUGACCGAUACGCACCGUUUAGUUUGGCUUAGCUUGGCUUGGCUUGGCCAAGUGGGUCUCUGCCGGAUGAGUUAUGUGCUCCAGGGUCCGAAAGUUUGAACCGCGCGAAUGUCGCGUGAUAUGUGUGUUGCGCAUGACGAAGGUGAAGUUUAGUUCAGUUCUCGCGAUUCUAGACGAUCGAACAGGUGCUGGAUUUGAUUGAAGGAAGUAUCAUAGGUGACAGAUUGUAGCGGGAUUUUUUAGUGUAGGGGUUAGUGUGGAGUAGUGUUAUUUUUUCGAUUUGAUACAUUUCAAGAACUGUGAACGCUUAUAGGACUGGUCAGUGUGAAUAUAUUAAUCAGUGAUAUUACUAACACCAAAAGCAUCCCAAUCGACGAGCAAUGAGCCAGUACUACUGAUAAGCAGCGCCAUGAGGAACGAAUUGAGGAAGAUUCCUAUAGUGUUAUCAAAAUACAAUCUUUUUGCUAUAAUUGUGUCGUUACCGAUUUUGGCUACGUUGGGCAAAGCGGCCCCGUCACCGGUGAUAGUUCGUGGCCCGCGAAGUGACUUCACCGUUGGCACCUGCACCUGGGUCAUUGAUCGUCCCUGCCCGGAUGGGGACAUUAAGUUCUAUCUGUUUACUCGAUCGAACCCGGAAGAUCGCCAGUUUGUACAUAUUGAUGAGACGCUGGAAAAAUCCAACCUUAGCUCGUCGUAUUUCGAUCCGGCUUUGCCCACCAAGGUGAUUAUCCAUGGAUAUAAUGCCGAUAUGUUUUUGGCCCCGUUGAUCAACAUGAAGUUUGAAUAUUUGAGCAGAGGCCGAUACAAUCUGUUCUACGUGGAUUGGAGUUUACUUGGUCCGGGUCCGUGUUAUCCUUCGGCGGUUCACAAUACGAAACACGUGGGCACAUGCAUAGGUCAACUGGUGGAACGUCUGCUGGAAACCGGAACCGAGAAUAUCCACCUGAUAGGAUUUUCAUUGGGUGCGCAAGUCACAAACUACGUUUCCGUUCAUAUGAGACCGUUUAAGCUGAAACGCAUCACCGGGCUGGAUCCGGCCAUGCCCCUGUUCAUCACGGCUAGCGCAGAUGAUAAGUUGGAUCCAACAGAUGCAGAUUUCGUAGAUGUGAUCCACACAAACGCACUAGUUCAGGGAAAGAUUGAACGUUGUGGCCACGUGGAUUUUUAUAUGAACGGGGGAAUUAUUCAACCCGGAUGUUGGAGUGGAGGACAAAAUCCAAUGGCUUGCAGUCACCAUAGAGCGCCAGAUUACUUCGCGGAAUCGAUUCGAAGCCUAACCGGAUUCUGGGGAUGGAAAUGUACCAGCUACAUUUACUAUCUGCUUGGUCUAUGUCCGCAUAAUCAAUACCAAGUGGUGGCAGGGGAAGAUUGCACUCCUGGAACCGAAGGAAUGUUCAUGAUAACAACGAAUUCGGAUGCUCCCUUCGCGAUUGGCCGAUGGACCGACACUUUACAGAAGAAGGGAGUCCCGUUGCACAAGUUUGGCAUUGAUCGGGAUCCAUUCAUCAACGACAUUGAUCAAUGGGGAAAACUCGAUAGCAAUUUCAACAACAUUGAACACUUCCCUACGCCAUACUCGCAAGAUCCAAAUCACGCCAACGACGAAGAUUGGCCGUAUUUCAACCAUAUUGGUACUAAUAAAUUAACCAAAGAAUAUAUAAGGAAAAUAAUCGAGCAAGACAGUACUCGAUACGAAGGCACAUCCGAAAGUAGCAAUCAAAUCAAGCAACACAACGUAGUGAUAGGAAAUAGUGACAAUAAUAACAACGAUGGACUGAGUGAUCUAAGGAAAAGGUUACAGUUGAAAGAAGCUAGUGUGAUGGAACAUUACACGUUACCGGUGUAUAACCCGUUUUGAGAAUCAGGUGAAACGUAACAGGUACUUAAAUAUAACCUUCAAACUA